AUGCGGAAUUGGCUACAGGACUUCCUCAUCGAUCGGAAAUUCUGCGUCCGUGUUGGCAACUCGCUCUCUGGUUGGUAUUCCGCUCCCAGUGGAGUCCCCCAACGCUCGGUUCUUGGUCCAUUGCUCUUUGUGGUAUAUGUGAACGACCUGUCUGGUCAACUGUGCAGCCCACCCCUCAUGUUUGCGGAUGACAUCAAAAUCUGGCGUACAAUCAAGGAUCCGAAUGAUCGAACUUCCGUUCAAGCGGAUUUGAACAACCUGGCUCGGUGGGCGGACACCUGA